UCUUCUUCGAGUGUCAAUCCGGCCAACAGCCAAAACGGCCUGGCAGCUAUGGUAGUGGCUGUUGGAUAGGUCUUGGCCUGGUCGUGGCGCGUUGCAUCCCUCAGUUCGGUUUCCGCUAAUCGUGUGAUAAGACGUUGUCCCGGUCGUACACGUUACGGGUGCGGAGUUCACUGAACGUCGAGUACGCGCGGGAGGACCUCCGUUGAUGAUGACGACAGUUGUGGGGCAGAGGCUGUUCAAAUAGUUUCGGUGAUCCGAGAAAUUUUUGACGAAUUACGUGCGGCUUUGUAAUUUUGCGGUUUGGCGGUCACCAGAGUUUGGUUAAAAACCGCGAGAAGACGGAUACCAGACGGAAUGGCCUGAGAAGAACCAGUAGGAAGAGGCGUAGCGAAGGAUUCGUCUUUCCGUUGAAAGUGAAGGUGAUUCGGGAAAUUAAAGAAGAAGGAAAACAGCCACACAGCAAAAGUUCGCACACACAAGUGAAAGUGAGAUAAUAAAAAAGGCAGUGUGUAUUGUCACAAAAAUGGGAAAACAUAAAUAAAAAAGUGUUUAAAAAAAUGUCACUGUAUUUUUCCCACGCCUCCCUGUUUUCGUCGUCGUCGACGUCCUCUGUGUUUGGUAACAGGUUCCGAAUUGGUGUGUUAAGUGUGAAAUAAUUGUCUAUUUUUAAAACAUCCCGGCGUGGACACAACGCCGCAACGACUUGGCGAUGGAUCUGGCGGGAAAAAGUGUCGAUGCUUCGUCGUAUGGGAUUGUGUGUGUGUGUAAACGUAAAUAUAAUUAAAAUAAAAUAAUAAAAAGAAUCUGAGGAAAAAAUAAAGCGCGAAAAAGUUUUCCCGCAAAUAAAAAUAAAAUCGGAAAAAGGCGAAAAAUGAACCAGUUGGUGUACGUAAUUAAACGACCAAUUGGAAAAGUCCUGAAAACAUACCCCGCACUCUAGUGUGGUUGACAAGAUCGGGAGACCAUUCGCAGCCGGUGGUACAACGACGGCGUUUUUUUAAAGGACGACACGUAAUUAAAAGUCGACAAUUGUGUCCGGGAUCGUGGAGUAGCGUGGCGGCAGAGGGGAAAGUUCGACUAGGACGUCAAUUUUAGCAUCAGUUGCGGAAAUUCCCACCCCCGACACAGAGCUUUGAGCUGGAAAAGUGUGAAUAAGAAAAAAUACCAACUGAUAAUGUCAGUUGGUUCCGGAGUUUUCCGAAAAGUGUGCGCCAAGAAUUAGUGGCGGAACAAGAGAGAGGGCUGCCUGUUGUAAAGUGCAGUGAAGCGUCAGAAGAAAAGAGAGAAAAGUUACAGCAAGUUUAAUGUAAGAAAGGAAGUGGCUAGUGAUUGUGCGAAAGAAAGUUUGUUGUGGGUGUACUGGAGAAUGCAAGAAGUGCACCUAGAAGAACGUGCAGCCACGUGCACCAUCUUGGAAAACAUCGUAUGCUAAUGAAGGCUGGGCGUUUCUUGUAAUUGCGCCUUCGAGGGGUGAAAAAGUGGAAAAAAAUAAAUAGUGGAAAAGUUUUCUCCCAUCGUAUCUGCUGAAAUUGUUGAGCUAACAACUAAUUAAUAAGUCAGUGCAAAGAAGCUCACGGAUACAUCGGAUCCCUCUCGCACAGUGAAGUCAAUGUCGUUUAACGAGUGAAAAGGAAAAGUUUGCCGCCAGUCAAGUGCCAGCAGAGAUAGUUAAUUACUUUUUCGGACCACCUCCAGGUCCGCCGCCCGAAACCUCCGGAAGUGUUAAGAAAGAGAACAGAUUAAAUUAAACUUGAGGAAGGAGGCUGAGGCGACCCCUUCUUAUCCAGUGUGGAGCGCAGAGCAGCCUAAUCGUCCCUUUUCGUCGAGUGGUGAACUUGACCGACACCAGCCAUCCCAGGUUCAUCGGUGAGGAGCAAAAAAAAGAAACACAUAAAAAAGCGGGCAUUUCCCCCCAAGGGGAACAACAACCAACCAGUCGUUCCAGGUGCCAUGGUGCAUCAUCCGUCGUGUAAUCCCGUGGAGACACAUCCAGACAUCGGCAGACCAUGGUCCACGUGCAGAAUCACGUGCAACAGCAGCAGCAGCAGCAGCGGUCAGUUCGUCGAUUGCUCUCCGACGGUGGCACUGUAAGCCGUGGCAAAACUGGCAGACACUGGAAGAUAGAUGGCCUCGGCACGGCACGGCGGUGGAGGUGCUCUUGAAUUCCGGGGCGCAUUUCGUCGCACGAUUUACGCGAGAGAUUAAAAAGAUUUAUUAGCUGAGUGGGGGAAAGGAGCGGGGAGCAAGUGGGAGUAGUGGGAGUGUUUUCCCACCCCGGAAAGACGUUACGCUUUAAGAAUCGACCAAGGGAGCUUUAAUGUUAGCUGAGAGGGGGAGGUGGAAAUUACAUACAGAGAAAACUAUUUAGAGGCUAUUAGGUUGUUUCCACGUGUGCGUGGGGUUAGGUUAGAAAGCAAAGUUAGGUUAGGUAGGACCAAAAAUGAACACGACGGAUAACGAUUACGAUUAUAGCAUAACCAUCGACGGGCGGUACGUCCUGUACGGGGGUGCGGCUACAAACUACUCCAAUGGGACGUUCAACGUGACUGAUUAUUACAAUAAGCCCACCUGCUACUACACGCUGGAGCUGAGCAGUGAGACGACGCUGUUCGAGUUCUUGGUCAGUGGUGUCUUGAUGAACCUGGUGGCCUUCCUAGGGAUUCUCGGUAACAUUCUGUCGAUGGUGAUUCUGUCGAGACCGCAGAUGCGUUCCAGCAUCAACUACCUGCUGAUCGGGUUGGCCCGCUGUGAUACCAUAGUGAUCCUGACUUCGAUGCUCCUGUUCGGCAUCCCGGCGAUCUACCCGUACUCGGGAUACCUGUUCUACUACUAUUACGUGAUACAUCCGGUGAUUUCGCCGAUGGUCUACCCACUGGCGAUGACCGCACAAACCGCCAGUGUGUACCUCACGCUGACGGUGACCCUCGAGCGGUACGUGGCCGUGUGCCAUCCGCUGCGAGCACGAGCUCUCUGCACGUACGGACGGGCCCGAAUCUAUGUGAUAGCAAUCCUUUUCUUUUCCCUCCUCUACAACCUACCACGCUUCUGGGAGGUCACCGUAUCUUCCUUCGAACACCCCGACUACGGGGAGGCAUUCUGCGUGAGUGCAUCACCACUGCGCGGCCACGACCUGUACAUAAAAGUGUACAUCCACUGGAUGUACACCGUGUUCAUCUAUCUGCUGCCGUUCAGCGCGAUCUCGUUCUUCAACUCGAUGAUCUACGGCCAGGUUCGGAAGGCAAACCGCGAACGGCAGCGACUCUCGCGGUCCGAAAAGCGUGAAAUCGGCCUCGCAACCAUGCUCAUCUGCGUGGUCAUUGUGUUUCUGCUCUGCAACCUACCGGCCAUGGUCAUCAACAUCAUGGAAGCGGUCUACUCCGAGAUCAACGAUUAUCUAGUCAAAACAUCCAACCUGUUGGUCACGAUCAACUCAUCCGUCAAUUUCAUCAUCUACGUCAUCUUCGGCGAAAAGUUCAAGCGGAUUUUUUUAUUGUUAUUUUGUAAGAACCGUCUAGGGCGAGAAUCCCCGGAUGGGUUUCUCCAGGAGGACUCAUCGUUCUCGAACGGAGAUGGAAGCAACCGAAAUUCCGGUCGCUUUCAGCGGGUUGGCACGACCCGCAGCAGCACCACCAAGAUCAGCAACAGCACGCUAGGCAGUAUACGAACGACGCGGACCACCAUCCGGAGUACGCGGGCGCCCUCGCCCGGCCCGAUCGUUUACUAUCCGGCGCGGGAAACCAUGCCCCGGGUGCAGCCGCAACCGGUGAUUCCACGGAGCACGUCCAUGUUCCAUCCGCCGUGCUGGGACCGCGAGAACGGCAACGGACUCAUGAUGGCCACUUCCGGUUUCUAGCCCCUGCUCAAGAUUUCCUCGCACGAAGACGUAGGAGAUCACAAGUUCUAGGCUGAUUUAGGUAGCUGUAAUUAGGUGACUUUCUCUAUUCAUAGCUUUAAACGAUCAUCGAUACCUGAGGUUCGAUGCGGAAUCGGUACCACCAGGGUACAGGACAGAGCGGCGCCGAGCGUUUCAGUUAAGACGAUGAUAAAAUUAUCUGAAAAUUCCAUUCAUUUUGUUUACUUCUUUAUCUAUAAUUCCGAUAGAAAAAUUAAUAACAAGAAUUCUCAUAAUAUUUUCUGCCAAACGAUUUAAAAAAAUAUUCAGGAUUGUUUUUCUUUACUACGAAAGUUGACAUUUUUUAAUUAGGGAAAGAAUUGCCAAUAAAAUUCAGUUAUCAGAAUUUCGUAUACUAUCCAGCAGUUUUUUUUCUUUUUUGACCAAGUCGUCUCCAGCAUGGUACUUUGAAUUCGAUUGAUAUACUGAAUCUUAGAACCCUGAUGAUGGAUAUUCAUCAUAAUUUGGAUGAGUUACGAACAACAUACUGAAAAGUCAUACAAACAUAUUUUCUUCAGAUAAGAGCUGAUUGGUCUCGAGACCUUCAAUCGGCAGACAAAGUUUUUAUUUCGCAUUCGCAUGGAUAUGGUGAUCUUAGCGGGUUGUGGACUGGAUCUCGUUAUGUAUAUGUGCUGAUUGUUCAGCCCAGGUUGCUUAGUAAUUGAUUGAAGGGAAUUAAAACCAACUCUACUCGAACAGGACAGGCAGCAUCUAAAAAAAAGGGUUCAUUUGACCUGUAAGUAGAGGGUGACGAUUCUCGAGAUUUUCAAUUUCCCGGGAAUCGAGAGAAGAGUUUGGACAUUUCCCGGGAAUUCCCGGGACCC